ACGCUCCGGCGAUAACGAUCGUAUCCUUCGACAGAACGGCUUAAGCUUUGCUGAACGAACGAAUCACUCGACUAGAACAGUUAUCAAAAUGUUCAAGAACCAUCUUGCUAUGAUUGGCAUGAAUGAGACGCCAAACAAAAAGGCCAAGUUUUGGCAGUCAUACAUCAGAUCCUUGAAGGGAUCCGAUGAUAUUCGUGCACACGACACUCCGGCCUACCGGCGACCGAUCCUGCUGUUCGACGAACCGGACACCGCCGUCGGUCGCAUCAACUCGCCCGGCUAUCACUACUUGCCGGUACACCGGGAAACCUACGGCUACUCGCCCCGGCCAAUCUACGACCAUCACUACACGCGUUCGCAGAGAGCACCAAGCGUAAACAGACUGGCCGAUGCCGAGAAAGCCUGGGCUGACCAUUUGGAGCGGAUGCGGGAAAUUGACCGCAGAUACCCAUCGCGCUACGGACUGUACCUCAAGGACAAACCAAGCCAGGUAGUGUUUCCGCAGGAGAUGGAGUACGAACCGGAGACGAAGCCGCUCUACUCGACGCUGCACUAAGCGGGAAUGCAAUUGGUGCUUAAAAGCUUACCGAACUGUCCCUUUACUGUUUCCACCCUUAAAAACACACGCACACACACACAAACGUCCUUUUUUCCUCCCCCACUCCCCGGAAACCCACCCCUCGACGGUUAUCCAACAGUCCUAACGAAGUACCCCGAUUUUUCCCCGUCUUCAUCUCAGCGCGUGGCUCAGCUUUAACUUACGCACAACAAGGCGAACCGCUACCACACAUAUGCACCUGGAUGAGUAUGUAAAGCAUGACCGUAUACCGGUCGGUUUAAUGCGCGGUUGACUCCGGUUUCCCCCCCUCGGGGGGCGGAGUAUGCGAUAGUAGAUAGUAGGGAGUCGAUAUUGAAAGCAUAAACAAACCCAAAGCAAACAAACAAAAAAAAUCGGUAAAAAGUUACUCCUUUAAAGAUAGCAACUUUUUCUCGACCCAAAAAAAACAAUCUCUCACACGCUCACACACAUACACACACACACCAACCUCAAACAACACACUUACACGCGCGCGCGCGAGAGAG